AUGGAGUAUUCGGAGAGUGAAGGCAAUUCCUCUGACGAAGAGUGCUGUUUCUCAGGGAGCAGCGAUGAGUACUCCUGCGACGAAGUCCAGAAAGCGUCCGAGGAAGAUGUCAGAACAGCCAACGUCAUUGCAGCUGAAGCGGUAACUUGUCUGGUCAUAGACAGAGACUCCUUCAAACAUCUGAUUGGGGGCCUAGAUGACGUUUCCAAUAAAGCCUAUGAAGAUGCAGAAGCAAAAGCAAAAUACGAAGCCGAAGCUGCCUUCUUCGCCAACCUGAAACUGUCUGAUUUCAACAUCAUUGACACCCUUGGAGUCGGAGGGUUUGGACGAGUUGAGCUGGUCCAGUUGAAAAGCGAAGAAACGAAAACCUUUGCCAUGAAAAUACUGAAGAAACGUCACAUCGUGGACACGAGGCAGCAGGAGCACAUCCGCUCAGAGAAGCAGAUCAUGCAGAGCGCGCACUCGGACUUCAUCGUGAGGCUCUACAGGACGUUCAAAGACAGCAAGUACCUGUACAUGCUGAUGGAAGCCUGUCUGGGUGGAGAGCUCUGGACAAUUCUCAGGGACAGAGGUUCAUUUGAGGAUUCAACGACCAGGUUUUACACGGCAUGUGUGGUCGAAGCUUUUGCCUACUUGCAUUCCAAAGGGAUCAUUUAUAGGGACCUCAAGCCAGAAAACCUCAUUCUGGAUCAUCGAGGUUACGCCAAACUGGUUGAUUUUGGCUUUGCAAAGAAAAUAGGAUUUGGAAAGAAAACAUGGACUUUUUGUGGAACCCCGGAGUACGUAGCCCCUGAGAUCAUCCUGAACAAAGGUCAUGACAUUUCGGCAGACUACUGGUCACUGGGAAUCUUAAUGUAUGAACUCCUGACUGGCAGUCCCCCAUUCUCAGGCCCAGACCCCAUGAAGACCUAUAACAUCAUAUUAAGGGGAAUAGACAUGAUUGAAUUUCCAAAGAAGAUUGCCAAAAAUGCUGCUAAUUUAAUUAAAAAACUAUGCAGGGACAAUCCAUCAGAAAGAUUAGGGAACUUGAAAAACGGAGUGAAAGAUAUCCAAAAGCACAAAUGGUUUGAAGGCUUUAACUGGGAAGGGUUACGAAAAGGGACACUGACGCCUCCUAUAAUACCAAGUGUUGCAUCUCCAACAGACACAAGCAAUUUUGACAGCUUCCCAGAGGACAGUGAUGAACCACCCCCUGACGACAACUCAGGAUGGGACAUAGAUUUUUAAUGUAUUUCUCUUACCUGCUUCUGCCUUGCUGAAGACAGCUUCCUGGGACAUGGCUGCCAGCGAAACCGAAAGAAUUGGGGAGGAUUAGUGCUCGGGGUCACCAUGAUGCCUUGAUUGAUGCUGCUACAGUAACUACAGUGGCAUUAGGACUUAUUGCUUAGAUGACAAUAGCGCUCUUCAUGUUUUAUGUUCGAACUUAAAGUAGCAGUUGACAUGGUGGUCCUGACACAAAGCCUUUCACCAGUAAAGAAAUAUGUUUUCUAUCACUGCAACGAUCUUGCUACGCUCUUAAUUAUAAAAGUCGAGAGAUACGUAGUGUAAGACGCACUUAAUUCUAGCUGCAAGGUACUGGCUUUAUCAGUAGGAUCAAUAGUAAUUUAUUAAGUGCUGUAGCUAAAUACAGUGCAGGAUUUGGGCUACUCCCACCCUCCAAACUCCGGAGGUCUUCUACUGUAGGCCAGUGUAGGAGCAAAGGAGGACCACACGGUACUGGUCAAAGAGUUCAUGUCAAAGCAGUGGUAAAAUUUGUCCUUUUCCUUUCCGAGCAGUAUUCAUGACAAGACUGAAUGUUACCUUUCCUCUUUAUU